AUAUGCAAAUAACUGCAAAUAGUAGUAGAAACACCCAAGCGUAGACGCUAUUUAAUAUUGUAUAAAUUCACUUUCGAACAGUAAAGGACCAUCAUUCAAUUGAAGGAAGUGGAAGUGUCAACUCUAUUGUUCGGAAAUUAAUUAACGAAAAUGCUUAAACUGCUACUGUCAAUCUGCAUGUGCCUCAUGCUUUCCACUCCACGUGCUGCUGAGGCCAGUUAUGUCGACGCGCCACAUGUUUUUAACGCACCACCGAACGGUGUAGCCUUUGCCGCUCCCAUACCAUGUGACACGGCACCUUUGCAGGGUUACGGUGCCGCUGCCUUCGCCAAGCCACUCGAAUUCGCUUCGUACCCCGUCAAUUAUGUGCAAGUGCCACAAUUCAACUACGCGGCGCCGGCGCCUACAUUUGUCAAAUAUGCAGCACAGCCGCGUGUAAAAGCCACCGCUGGCUUGCCGGUAACCACCACAUACACUACUGCUAUAGGCUUUGCAGCGCCACAAUUGCCAAAUAUCGCAGCGCCAUUGGCAUUUGGCGCAGCACCCGCGCCCGCCACAUUUGCGGCACCAACGACGGCUUAUGGCGCCUCAGUGGCAUAUGCAGCGUCGCCACCUUUCGUAGGCUCGGCAAGCUAUGCCGCUCCCACAGUGUUUUCCGCAGGCCAUCUGUUUAAGAAAUUUCGCGCCCCUCUGCCAGUCGGAGGAUACGCAUACGCCCAGGGUAUACCGAAUGCGGCCUGGUAAGAUGAAAUCGACAGAAAAUAACAAAGUGUGAAUAAUAUUAAUUUUAAUAAAUUUGUUUGUAAUCUUGCGUCAAUACUUUUUUAUUCUCUAUCACUCUGAUAUAAUACGCGAGAUUUUAAUUAACCCAGUCAGAAAGUGAUGCAAGUGCCACUCAGGGGCCCGAAGCUCAUUGAAGAUAAGAGAAAUAAUCCUUCAUUUUAAUAUUUUUUUUGUACACAAAUCCCCUCUUCUGUCACUUCAACACUUCGAUCAAUGAAAUUAAUUUCAAUAUUCACUUUACAUUGCACUCUUGAGAUGAGGGGCCAUUUAUUAACUUGUAUUGUUUUCAUCUGUGCGAACCUUUAAAAUUGGCUUAAAACCGCAAACACUAAUUUUUAUUUACCAACACAACAACAACACAAAAUCAAAAUUUGCAUUGGUCAACAACAUUUUACAAUGACAUUGCCGACAUCGAACGACAUCCGCAGAUCAAUUAGUAGUUAACAAAAUCUUCAAAUCCAUAAAAUGAACAAAUAACAUAAUUAUAAAGUUGUUAAAAGCUAUUGAAAGACAAUGCGACUGAAUAUAAUUGGAGUUGGCGUGAGCGUUGAAGAGAAGUUAAUUGGGAGCAAAAAAACAGCGAUAAAGCAAUGGAAAAGACCAAAAAGGGUGAAAAGAAAGCAAAAGAGUGUGUUAGCAAAAACAGCUGAUUUUAUUGUGAGAAGCACUCACAGAGUAGAGACAUUAUUUCUUCAUAUGCAAAUAAGCACACACAUUUGGGGAUUAGAUUACAAUAAUAGAAUUUGUUUG